UAAUCACUUUCGGAUCCGCCCCCAUCAUCACCUGCUUCAGAGACUCUCCUCUUUUACAAAAUUAUCGGUUUCAUCCAUCCUUCCGGCCGCCGUUAAUCGGUUCCUUUUUCUUUCCAUCUCUGCUUCUCUCAUAUCGGUUGCUGUGGGAUCAUAAAAUUUCACUCCAGAUCACCACCAUCACUCUAAAACUUGGAUUAUCCAUCUUAAUUCUCUCUAACAAACCACAAUGAUUACACCGUCGAUUUGUGUAGCGGCGGUCUCUGGAAUCAUCGGCGGUUGUCGGCAGUGACCAAUUCAGGCUUUGUACCGUCGCUGAAGCUUCAGUUCUUUCAUGGGCGAUCUUCGGUCUUGGUCGUUUGAACAAAACGGCGGCGUAGCAGAAGAGAAGCCGUCUUCCUCCUCAUCGUUUUCUACGUUGCUACCAUCGAAUCCGACGGCUAUAGGUGCCGAUUACUGGCGACGAGCCGAGGAAGCCACACAGGCUAUUAUCGCGCAGGUUCAGCCUACUGUCUUUUCGGAAAAGAGAAGGAAAGCGGUUAUAGAUCAUGUGCAAAGACUCCUUAGAGGUCAUCUUAGAUUCGAGGUUUUUCCAUUUGGGUCAGUGCCAUUAAAGACCUAUUUGCCCGAUGGAGAUAUUGAUUUGACUGUCCUCGGUGGUUCAAAUAUAGAGGAAGCUUUGGCCAAUGAUGUAUGUUCGGUUCUCAAUAGUGAAGAUCAGAAUGGGGCGGCCGAGUUUGUUGUAAAGGAUGUGCAAUUAAUUCGAGCAGAGGUUAAGCUUGUAAAAUGUCUUGUACAGAACAUAGUUGUUGAUAUUUCCUUCAAUCAAUUGGGAGGGCUUUGCACGUUGUGCUUCCUUGAGAAGAUUGAUUGUCGCAUGGGGAAAGAUCAUCUUUUUAAGCGCAGCAUUAUACUUAUUAAAGCUUGGUGCUAUUAUGAGAGCCGCAUUCUAGGGGCUCAUCAUGGCUUGAUAUCGACAUAUGCUUUGGAGACUUUGGUUCUAUAUAUUUUUCAUCUCUUCCAUUCUGCCUUAAAUGGUCCUUUACAGGUGUUAUAUAAAUUUCUGGACUAUUUUAGCAAAUUUGAUUGGGAUAAUUACUGCAUAAGCUUGAAUGGUCCAGUUCGCAUAUCCUCACUGCCGGAGCUUGCUGCUGAGACACCUGAAAAUGGUGGGGGUGAUCUGUUGCUUAGCACCGAUUUUCUUAAGAGCUGUUUAGACACGUUAUACGUGCCUGGAAGGGGGUACGAGCCAAACUCAAGGGCAUUUCCCAUAAAGCAUCUCAACAUUGUCGAUCCACUAAAAGAGAACAACAACCUUGGUCGCAGUGUAAGCAAAGGAAACUUCUAUAGGAUUAGAAGUGCUUUCAGUUAUGGUGCUCGGAAGCUAGGAUCUAUCCUUUCCCAACCUGAAGAAAUUGUAGUGGAUGAAGUUCGCAAGUUUUUUUCUAAUACAUUGGAUAGGCACGGAGGUGGGCAGCGGCCUGAUGUCCAAGAUCCCGUUUCAGUGCCUGGAGGCUAUGAAUCUUGUGCAGGUUUACUAGUGUCUGGUUCAGAGACACAAGAAGAAACAAAUAAUCGUGAUUCAGGCUCUCUCUACGCUAAUGACACCACUGGAGAACGUAGCUCGAGUCGUGAGGUAUCAAUUCAUGGGGGAAAUGCCAAUGCUAAGGUAUCAGGUGAAUAUGACAUUGUUGGCGGAAUCAUGAAUGAAUCAUCUCAAGGAAGACCAUUAUCAGUUCCUUCAGGUGUUGAUGGUCUUGCAAAUGCCAUUGGUGUUUCAGACGUUCGUCUCUCUGGAGAUGCAAAUGAUCUUGCUAGCUUGAGAAUUGAAGGUCUUACUAUUUCAAACGAUGCACAUAAGUCUACUCCUUCAAGUUUUAAGGAGGGUAUAUCACCAUUAGGUAAUCCUCACCUUUGUAACGGGGAAGUAACAUACAAAAAUACAAAGAAAUGCACUCCAAAGAACUCUGGCUCAACAGAGAAGAAGUCAUCUAACCAGCAUCUGCAAUCACCCACUGAUGCAACAGGGUCUUCUGCACAAGGUAAUAAGCAGGAUGAGAAUCACGUGAAUAAUGAUGAUGAAUUGGCGAACCAAUCUGAAAAGAAACAAUGUUCUCGUGGGUUUCUGAAUAGCAAUGAUGAACCUCCAGAAGCUUUCAGUGCUUUGUCAGAUCUUAGUGGUGACUAUGAAACUCAUUUUAACAAUCUGCAAAUUGGCCGGUGGUACUACGAAUAUGCCUUAACUGCAGCCCUCUCGCCCACUCCUCCACCAUUGCCUUCACAAUAUCCAAACAAGAAUGCAUGGGAUAUAAUACGACGCUCAGUGCAGGUCAAGCAGAAUGCGUUUGCCCAGAUGAACAAUAAUGGACUCCUUGCAAGACCAGCAUUCUAUCCCAUGCGAUCACCAAUAUUACCUGGGGGUGCAACAUUGGGUAUGGAAGAGAUGCCGAAGCCACGAGGAACCGGGACGUACUUUCCCAACAUGAACCAUUACAGGGACAGACCACCAUCAGCAAGGGGAAGGAACCAAGUGCUAGUGAGGUCGCCUCGAAACAAUGGCCGAUCAUUGGAAACAACUGUACUCGAGAAAAGUAGUCAAGACUCGUACCAAGUACCAACUGUUAAUCUUGCUGGUGGCAUGUUGACUUCCACUGGUUCCUCUGUAAGGAAAGCUCAGCACAAUGGGAAUUCAAUGCCACGACCUGAUAGAGCGGUAGAAUUUGGGUCUUUUGGGCAUCUUCAAUUAGAGUCGCCCGUAGAUUGUAGCGGGGAAUCGAGUCCUGUAUCGGCAGUAUUUUCAUACUCAGAAGCUUUAAACGUUUCAAGUCCCAAGAUGCAGAAAGCCAAACAAGCGUCAAUCAAAGACCACGAUAGGCUCUCUGUUCAUAUGCAAUCGUAUGAGUUGAAAGAUGAAGAAGAUUUCCCACCCUUGUCCAACUGACACAAGUGGGGAAUGGAGUUUAUUUAUACGGUUAGUCAGUAUGAAACUGAGUAGGAAGAAACUGUAGUUGCUAACAAACAACAGUUUGCGAUCCUCCUUCCAUCUCUGCAAUUUAGAUGUUCUGUUCUAUUUGUAGCUCAAAAAGCAUUUUGUACAUCCUACCAAUUUAUUUUGCUUUUCUCCUCAAAUAACUCGAUAGUCGUUCGUCGUGUUUUACACAGAAAGAGCCCUUUUCAUUUGAAACUAGGAUGUUUGUAACAAUGGUUGCUUCUUUUGACCCUCAUUCCUCCAUGUUUUUGCCCUUUUCUUUGCUCCUUGUAGGUAAACAUCCCAGCACAGAAUAUAUUGUUGCCUAUGUUUGUUGUAAGUUAAAUGAAAAUGCUUCUUUUUGGAGCCAUCUCUA